CUACACAGCAAGAUCUUAUAUCAAAAAUAAAAAUAAAAUCCUACGAAUUUGGUGUUUAUGGCUAUUAUGCGAGCAUCUGAAAACAAAUUCGGUCAUGGAAACUGUUUGCUCACUAAAUAGUUACUGUCUACCUAAUUAGGAGGUUAGUGAAUUUCAAUGCUAUUCUAACAUUGUAGAUAUAGCCAACAUAUGUAUGAGAAGGAAUCAUCAAGACUGCUCUUCAUUCAGCGUGUUUCAAAUAUCAAAUGUUAAAGUUUGUACAAGAAAUCUCAGAAAGCUACCAAGAAAGUCAUGCCUCCAACUUCUCUACGUUGUGUGUACAUGUUCUAUUACUAAAGUAUCUGUCCUAUAAAGAUCCCACAGACCCAUGAAAAGUAGAUCAAUUAAUGACUUUGGCAUCAGCUAAUGACUGCUUCCUUGGGUGGUUAUGAAUAACAGCUACUGGGACUGUGUUUACACACUUUAGAGCACUGACAGUGUCUUAAAAUAUCUCUGUCUCUCCUUGUAGUGAAGAUGAUGUCUGCAAGCACCAUGGCUAAGGUGAUGAUCCUCAUGCUGGCAGUUUGUCUCCUUACCCAGGCAGAUGGGAAACCCGUUAAGAAAAGAGCUGUCAGUGAAAUACAGCUUAUGCACAACCUGGGCAAACACCUGGCCUCUGUGGAGAGGAUGCAAUGGCUGAGAAAAAAGCUGCAAGAUGUACACAAUUUUGUUAGUCUUGGAGUCCAAAUGGCUGCCAGAGAAGGCAGUUACCAGAGGCCCACCAAGAAGGAGGAAAAUGUCCUUGUUGAUGGCAAUUCAAAAAGUCUUGGCGAGGGGGACAAAGCUGAUGUGGAUGUAUUAGUUAAGGCUAAAUCUCAGUAAAUGCUGACGUAUUCUAGACCGUGCUGAGCAAUAACAUAUGCUGCUAUCCUUUCAAGCUCCACGAAGAUCACCAAGUGCUAAUUCUUCUACUGUAAUAAAAGUUUGAAAUUUGAUUCCACUUUUGCUCAUUUAAGGUCUCUUCCAAUGAUUCCAUUUCAAUAUAUUCUUCUUUUUAAAGUAUUACACAUUUCCACUUCUCUCCUUAAAUAUAAAUAAAGUUUAAUGAUCAUGAACCAAAUAAGCAGUGUUUCUUACUUGUUAAAACUUUUGUCUCAGUGUUGGAGGGCUGGCUCAGAAGUUAAGAGUGCAUACUGCUGCCUCAAAUGACCCGAGUUUGCUUCUCAGGACCCACAUCAGAUGGCUCAGAGCCGCCUGUAAGUCCAGUUCCAGGACAAUCCAAUGCCCUUGGCCCAGUCAGUACUUGCACUCAUGUACACAU